AAAUCAUUUCAUUUUGAAACAAACAUAACCAAACAAAUCAAAUAAUACAUGUAAACAAAAUACUCGCUCUAUAACCUAUUAUUGUUGUCAAAUGUGGAUAAGUUUGGUUUUUUUAUUUCCUUAUAAUAGUAUUUAUAUAAAACUUCAAUUAAUUCAAUAUGACAUAUGUAAUCAGUAAAAUUCAUAGCAGAUACAUAUCUUGUGCUUGCAAUAGAACUCCACAUGCUGCAGAUUGGGGAAAUAAUGGUCUAAUUUGUUAUGGUGCUUGUAAUGCUGUUGCAAUAUAUGAUCCAAAGGCAAAUGGUGGAGGCAAGGUUCAGGAUACACUAACUGGUCAUAAAGGUCGAGUGAACGCCACAAAAUGGGUGAAGAGUGAAACUUUUGCUGCUGAGACAGAGCUUGUAUCUGUAUCUACCGAUACCUAUGGCUUGAUAUGGAGCAAAAGGGAGGACUCAUUUGUUGUCACUGAUGUCUUGAAAGGGCAUGAAAGUUCUGUGACAGUGGUUGAUGCAAUUUACGUUACAAAACCUGGAGCAACUCCAACUUUGCUGAUAGUUACAGGCUCCGUAGAUUCCACCGUCAGAAUAUGGGAAAGGCAACACGAAGAAGGUUCUCUAGAGGACCAGCUGCUGUUUGCCGCCAAGUUCUGUCACUGGACUCUGGCUGGCGUCUGUGUGUCUCUCAGCCUCGUUUUGCCCCACCCCAGCACUCCACUGCUGGCUUGUGCGCUGGAUGACUGCCACAUCCAUCUGUACGGCCAGGCAGCUGACACUGACACCACCUUCACUCGCCUCCAGUCACUGAAAGGCCACGAGGACUGGGUCACUGCUCUUCAUUUCACUACAGAAGACAAUGGAGACCUAUUGUUGGCCAGUGGAUCGCAAGAUUCUAGCGUGAGACUGUGGCGGUUUCAUCCCACCAGCUCCCAACGCUCCACCGACGGCUCAUCCCUGCCUCCGAUGUUUCGGGUGGAGGAAAAGAUGCUCCGACUUGGCUCCAUGGAGCUGGCCGUCAGCCUAGAGUCAGUGCUGCUUGGUCACGAUGGAAGAGUGUAUGGAGUCAAGUGGCAUCCACCUGUACUGACAGACACAGGCUACACUCAGCCAUUGAAGCUGCUGACAGCUUCGUUGGACAAAACAGUGGUAGUGUGGGCACCCGAAGCACAGUCGGGAGUGUGGCUGGAGGAAGCUCGGAUGGGGGAAGUAGGCGGUAACACACUUGGCUUCUUUGGAGCUAGUUUUGGCCCGUCAGGAUCUGCCAUACUUGCACACAGUUAUCUUGGUGGCUUCCACUUGUGGUAUAAGGAUGAGGAUGAGUGGCGGCCGACAGUGGUAGUAGGAGGCCAUUUUGAUGCAGUAACGGAUCUGGCAUGGGAACGAAAACACGGCCGCUACCUCCUCACAGUUAGCACUGACCAGACAACACGUCUACAUGCUCCGUGGGUGCAGUCAGACUGUGACAAGAAAUAUUCUUGGCAUGAAAUUGCCCGACCGCAAAUCCAUGGUUAUGACUUGGUGUGCCUGGCAAUGUUGCCAAAUUUCCGUUUUGUGUCUGGCGCUGAUGAAAAAGUGGUAAGAGCUUUCACUGCCCCUCAAAACUUCUUAGAGAACUUCAAGAGGCUGUGUUUGAAAAACACGAAGGAUGUAGAAUCAGAUGACAAACUCGUAUCUCUCCCUACUGGAGCAGCAGUGCCCGUGCUGGGACUGUCAAAUAAGGCAGUAUUCCAGCAUGAACCAGUCAGCCAACCCGAGGAAAGGCAUGUUAAAGACCAGUAUGAUGAGAGUUCGUACUUCACCCCACAACAAUUUGAAGAGCCUCCGACAGAAGACAACCUCCUCCAAAAUACAUUGUGGCCAGAGACAAUGAAGUUGUAUGGCCAUGGCUACGAGAUAUUCAGUCUGGCCACUACAAGCGAUGGUAAACUACUGGCCUCAGCAUGUAAGGCUACUAAUGAAGAGCAUGCUGCUGUCCUGCUCUGGGACACGACAACAUGGCAGAAGGUGGAUCGGUUGGUUUACCAUCAACUCACUGUCACUCAGCUCGAGUUUUCGCCCGAUGACCAGUACCUGCUGUCUGUUUCCAGGGACCGAUGUUGGGCUGUCUUCCAGAGAAGUGAAUCAGAGGUGGACAAGUACAGUCUGGUGGCCAGGUCGAACAAAGGUACAGGGGUCCAUACCAGGAUAAUCUGGUGCUGUGCAUGGACCCAUGACUCGGCCCAUUUUGUCACUGGGUCACGUGAUGGAAAGGUGGUGGUGUGGGACAAAAUAGAACACAGCCACCCCACUCUAGGCAAUUUUGCAGGGUGCUCUGAAUAUCUUGAUUUGCCGAAAGAAUCCAUUACCAGUGUUGCCUGUGGGGCAGAUUUUUAUCUCUUCACAAACGAGUAUUUGAUGGCUGUUGGGUCAGAGGCAGGAGACAUUAGACUGUACGGUUGGGAAAAUCUUCAGUCACCAUGGAGAUUUCUUUUUCAGCUCAGUGGAAAUUCUGCGCAUCACCUGACAGUCAAGAGAUUGUCUUUUCGGCCAGUUCUAGGGAUAGCUGGCCAGGCUGAAGACUCUGCAAGUAAACAAACAGAAUGUAUCUUACAACUUGCUAGCUGUGGCUUAGAUCAUACUAUCAAGAUAUUUGAUUUGUAUAUAAAAUGACCAUUUGUAUAUAAAUAAACCAUGUUUUUUUAUUUUCAA